CAAGAUUUGCCGCAACUCGGUGGAAGAUGAACGAAUCCUUUAGAAAUCGGGUUUAUUAUGCUGCUCGAGAUGGAAUGGCAAUGACAUUUUAUACUAUUUUGAGUGAUAAAAACAAAAAUGAUGUGAAUCAGUUAUUAAACCAGUCCGUUGUCGAAGAAGAUGGGCAAAGGUGUACCCCUUUGAUUGUCGCUUCAAGGUACGGUCACGAAAAAGUUGUGAAAAUGAUCUUGUCCAGAUUUAAUCCUGAUUUAGAGUGUGAGGGUACAGUGAAGUUUGACGGUUAUGUUAUUGAAGGUGCAAGUGCUUUGUGGUGUGCUGCUGGGGCAGGGCAUUUAAAUGUUGUUAAGACAUUGGUUAAGGCAGGUGCUGAUGUUAAUCAUCCAACACGUACAAAUUCUACUCCUUUGAGGGCUGCAUGCUUUGAUGGUCGCCUGGAUAUUGUUAAAUAUCUAACAGACCAUUCAGCUGACAUACACAUUGCAAAUAAAUAUAACAACACUUGUUUAAUGAUAGCAGCAUACAAGGGUCAUUUAGAUAUUGUUAGUUUUCUUUUGGAGAAUGGAGCAAAUCCUAAUGAACAGGCUCAUUGUGGGGCUACAGCUUUACAUUUUGCUGCAGAAUGUGGUCAUGUAUCUAUUGUUAAGGAAUUAUUGAAGUACAAUGCUAAAUUUUCCAAGAAUGAAGUUGGUAUGACAGCUCUCAAAGCUGCUGCUGAAAGAACAAGAGCAGAUGUGGUAGAAUGUUUACUAGAACGUCCUGAGAUAACAAAGGAAGAAAGAAUAGAAGCAUUGGAACUGUUAGGAGCCUCCUUUGCCAAUGAUAAAGACAGCUACUGUCUUGAACAAGCCUACAAGUUUCUAUACAAAUCUAUGGAAUUAAGAUACAGUGACCCUGACAAUAUAAUUAAGAAGAAGUUGGGUCCUCCAAUUCCUGCUUAUGAAAAUUGGGUUGAGUGUCAAACAUUAGCUGAGCUUGUGGCUAUCAAAAAUAAUCAGAAUGCUUUGCACAUGGAAUCCUUGACAAUAAGAGAAAGGAUUUUGGGCAGGCACAAUUCAGAAGUGCCUCAUUCGGUGAUCUUUAGAGGAGCCGUAUUUGCAGACAAUGCACGUUUCGAUAGAUGUAUACAAUUGUGGAUGCAUGCGUUAGAAUUGCGUCAAUUAAAUCGUAUCUCAGUCGUGAAAGAUUUAUUGAGAUUUGCCCAAGUGUUCUCUCAGAUGCUCUAUGUGGGAGUAGAUUUGCCCAUAAGCAAUGUUAUACACGUACUGAACGCAGCCAUAACGGAGUUGCAUAGGAACAGGGAGAGAAUGAAAGCUCCAGGCCCAGAAACUGUUUUGUUGUUUAUAAUUUUGGAAUUAUUUGAUCCCUGUUUCUUGGAAGAACUAGAGGGGAAUCUUACCACGACACUUUAUUUGCUUACAAUCUUAACGAAAUUACUGAACAAAUGUUCGGAACAAGAAAAGUUUAGUAUCAACAAGAUGGUGUUUACUUUAAAUCAACUUCAGUUGGCCCUUAGGGAUGGUCAGACUCUUUUGCACUUGGCUUGCAACCCCGAAACGCCAGUCGAUGAUUUUCACACAAACGAUAUAUGCAAAUUUCCAUGUGCCAACACUUCAAAAUUACUUAUUCAAUGUGGAGCUGACGUGAAUGCUAUGGAUGCAGAAAGGAACACACCAUUACAUGUAAUCGUCAAUUAUCAUAAACCGUUAUCAGAUUUUAAAACGCUACAUUCAAUAAUUACUUGUUUAACCGAAGCCGGUGCCCAUACAGACUGUGUCAACAGCAGGGGAGAGACCCCUUUAGAUUCUUCAGCAACAGUGUUACUCAUACUACUACAUACUGCUACAUACAGGUUCGAAUAUUUAUAACAUUAAAAAAUGUAAAGGACGUUUUUGUAAGUUUCCUUUACAGUCAACACGCUAAAAUUGACGUUUUUCCUCUUAGCACAUUAAAAUAAUUUUUAUUCUUAGAAUUUCAGUUAUGAUUCUAUUAAAUGCAAUAGUCAAUACAGCAUCCCUUAUGCUGAAAAAAUAUUUUUAUUACUGACUCAUUUUUCUGUACAUAUUAUAAAUAACAAAUGUACCAAUUACCGAAAUAAUUUGGUCAGAUGCUUGACCUCGUUUCAAACAAAUAAAUCGUCAAAAAUGAAUCGAAUAUUACAGUUGUAAGUAACCUUUUUAUAGACUUAAAAUUUAUUAAGUGCAAUUGAAUUGACUAGGAAUAGUUGAAAUAUUUUCGUCAUGUUUCAAUUUUAAGGUUUAUUGUUGCUAUAGAAGCAAAAUUAAAACGGACAAUGAAUAAUUAAUUAAAGUGAUUUGGUGAGACGUUUUACUAAUUUUUAUUUAAACGGUACUCGGCUGAUUUAUAUUUUGUAGUAUCGCAUCAUGUUUUUAAGUUAGUUUACACAUUUUACGUACAUUUCAUUUUUCAUUGGCUAGCAAUUAACGCUCUUUAAGAUCCUUUACAAUUACUAAUAAUAAAUUAACAAUGUCUCC